AUGAGCAUCAAAUUAGAAGGUGUAGAAGCAUCUACGGUGACCCGGGAGACAAGACAAACCUCCCAAAUUAAUAUGAUCUUUGCGUACAUUGAUAAAUCAUUGGAAUCAUUAAUGCCGGAGAAAAAGGAAGAUGUCGUCAAGGUCAGUCUUUCCGCCUAUAAAUUGGAUGAUGUCAAUAUCCGCGAAGCGAUACACGAAAGAUAUGACGCCGAGAUAAUUGGGAAAGACUUGUUUAUCAAAUAUGACGGAAAACAUAAGGAAAGAAUCCAUCGCAGACUAGCAAAUUCAGCCGAGAUUCAUAAUCCAAAUUGGGAUGUAGAUGUUAAUGUAAUAUGUGUAGUAGGGGGUAAUAACUUUCGACCUGACGUUGGCAUCUGGUUUCGGCAGGUAACGUUUGCACAAAGUUCAAGACCCAUUGCAAACUCGUGCCCACCACCAAACGUAUGGAUAGAGGUUUUCUAUAACAGAGAUUUAGAUCGUAGUCACGCUUUAUCUAAAAUUGACUUAAUUCAGCAACACAAUAUCGAAUAUAUUGGAAUCGCUAUCCCAGUUGCAGUCAAUCCUUUUCCCCAGAACCCAAAUCCCUGGAUAGUUACAACACCUACAACUCCAACACCCGAAAUGCCUGCCAGAGCCCCAUAUAUAAUCCAUUUGCGGGAUUUGAAUAUUCCGGUCUAUUAUAGAAUGAAUUGGAACGAACACCUCGACCUAAGAUGUAAUUGGAGAAUUGAAUUCAACAUUGUGCUUAAUGUAAUUUCUCAACCUUAG